GUCUGCGCGGGGCGGGGGCGGGGGCGGCGGUGACAGCGGGCGGCGGCCGGGACGCAGGGCGGGUCCCGGGCGCAGGGCGGGCCCACGUGCGGCGCGGGCCGGGGGCGCAGGCCUCCUUUGUGGCCGCCGCCCGUGCCCCGAGGCCCCUCCCCGCCGGCGCGCGCUGGCUGGGGCCACACUGACGCCCCCUCCCCCGGUCGCCGCGCCCCACCCCGCGCCGCGCCCGGCCCAGAUUGCGGGGCCCUGCGGAAGUGCGGCCGGGGAGAUCACACUAGAGGAUCCUGUCGCCUGCGGCCGCGCUUGAUGGCGUUAGGGCGUGAGCUUUCUAGAGGAAUUCCAGAGGAAGCGGCAGGAAGGCCUGGGAAAGCAAGCGGGCCCCACCCUGCCUGCGGCGGCCGGCGGCUCGGGAUUCCCCGCAGCCCUUUGUGAUAUCUGGUCCUCCAGCGAGUCCCAGCUGCCAGGCUGAGCCUGUGGGGGAAGACUUUGGUUUUCUUUCCGGGGCAAUCUGAGGUCUGGGGUGGGCUGGACCCUGACCCACCUCCUACACCACCCGGACUGAUCCGAGUGGGUUCUAGGUACUCCUCAGAGGUUCUGAGGGCUUGCAAUGGGAUCCUUAGCGGAAGGAAGCCCAGCGGCUGUCUCAUGCACUGCUCCUCGCUCUGAGAGCACAGCUCCAGACUCUCCUGGGCCAAGGUCCAGAAAAAGGGUCUUGAAAAUACUGGAGCUGUUGCAGCAGUUCCUAAAUUUUGGGUCACAGACUGUCACCAUUGGAGAGAAUAUCGGCAGAUAUUUAGGGUCCCCUGUGCUCUUUGGGACUUACCUGUGGGACUCAGGCUGGCCCUAUCAUCUGAGCUGUAGGAGACAGCCGUGUGUUUGCAGGGUGAGGCAGAACUGACCUGUGUCGUGCACGGAGACCUUGCUUCCAGGUUAGGACAGGUUGGAAGGAGUGUGCCUGGUCAGGGAGACUCAGCAGGAGGGGUUCCUUGGAGCCAGGGCCUGGGCAGCUCAGAAAGAGCAGCAGGACUUUAGAGGUGACAGUCGGGGCUCUGCCAGCAGACUGGGGUGCUACUGCCCCCUUGGGGGCAGGGAAGUGUGCCUGAUCUCGCUGAGGAGCAGGCUGUGGGUUCCAUUUAGUCCUGGGUACUGUGCCUGGGUUUAAGUCGUCUCUGACUGCCCCAGUGGAUCUCCUGAGGUGGGCAGGGCAAGGAGGCAAGUACAGCCCCACUGGGCUCAGGAGCCUGUGUCUGGGUCUGGCUGCAACCUGCUCUCCUGCUCCAGAAGGUGCAUCUCCCCUUGGGCUCAGAUAUGGGACCUGAUCACCUGCAGAUGACCGUUCAACACAACCCACCUGAGCUGGCUGCAGGGUCCACCAUGGGGAAGGAGGGGGGAGACACUGUGGGUCCCUCCAGGCUGCCACAGCCCACCUGGCCCACAGGUGUCCCACACCCAGCGAGAGGUGAGCAUGGCCGAGCAGGAACCCACAGCAGAGCAGCUGGCACAGAUUGCAGCUGAAAACGAGGAAGAUGAGCAUUCAGUCAACUACAAGCCCCCAGCUCAGAAGAGCAUCCAGGAGAUCCAGGAGCUGGACAAGGACGAUGAGAGUCUGCGCAAGUACAAGGAGGCUCUGCUGGGCCGCGUGGCCGUGUCUACUGACCCCAAUGUCCCCAAUGUUGUCGUGACCCGCUUGACCCUGGUGUGUAGCACCGCCCCAGGCCCCCUGGAGCUUGAUCUGACAGGCGAUCUGGAGAGCUUCAAGAAGCAGUCAUUUGUGCUGAAGGAAGGCGUGGAAUACAGGAUAAAAAUUUCUUUCCGGGUGAACCGAGAGAUCGUGUCUGGCAUGAAGUAUAUCCAGCACACAUACAGGAAAGGCGUCAAGAUUGACAAGACCGACUACAUGGUGGGGAGUUAUGGGCCACGGGCAGAGGAGUAUGAGUUCCUGACCCCCAUGGAGGAGGCGCCCAAAGGCAUGCUGGCUCGUGGCAGCUACAACAUCAAGUCGCGCUUCACAGAUGACGACAAGACUGACCACCUGUCCUGGGAGUGGAACCUCACCAUCAAAAAGGAGUGGAAGGACUGAGUCCUGGGCCUGGGAGGCGGGCAGGGCAGACAGACAGACGGACACACACACGCACGCGCCCCACCCUUACCACCCCACAACCUCCUCCUAACCCCAUACCAAAGUGCUGACAGGGUCCCUGGCCACGCUGCCACCAUUCCCGCCUGGUCUGCCUCCUGGCCAGGCCCAGCCGGAGCUCCUCCGACCUGUUCCUCCUGACCCUCCCCAGCCCGCAGGCCCCAGCCUCCUCGGUGGUCUAGUGGUCUCGUGUUGUUGCUGCUGCUUCCUGUGCUGUGGGGGAGGGAGGCUCCAGCCCAGGCCUCUGCCUCCCUUUCUGUAUCUCUCCAGGUUUCCCCCACUUGUCCUAACCUGACCUGAGGCCCUGACUUUUCCAAGGGAGUGGGACAUUGAACAGGCUCCGUGGGGUGCUCAGGUUCUCCUGGUCCUUUGCGGUUGCCCCAACUCGUGUUCUAUCCCUUCUCCAGGGUGGGAUGCACGAUGUGGGACCUUGUGGGGGCCAGUCAUCCAGCUUCCACCUCCCCCUGUCACUUCAUCCAUCUCCAUCAGUAACCGUCUAACCAUGAUGCCUUAACAUGUGGAACGUGUGCCGUGGGGGCCGUCACUAACCUCUAACCCCCGUGUCUGCAUGAGCAUGUGGUCUCCCCCAGUCUGUGCCCUGUCCGCAAUCCCGGUGGCCCAGAGAGGUGUGUGGAAUGUGCUGCUGCUGUUUCCCCACCUGCCAGGGCCUGGCCAGCCCCUUCCCCUUCCUCUCCCCUGGCCAGUAAUGUGGGGACCGCUCCAGGGGCUUGGGGAAGGCCAAUCGCCAAAACUCAAGUUGCCUCCAGUCCCAUCAGGGAGGCCAGGUGUCCUCACAACUCUGCCUUCCCUGCCCCAGUGGGCAGUGCCCGGAGCCCAUGGCCCCAACAGAGAGCCCUUGGUGGACAAAGCCAGCGGCCGAGCCUUACUUGUUCCACCUGGGCCUGCCGGCCUGGAAUCGUGUGCCUGGCCUGUCAGUAUUUAUUGCCUCCAUAUGUGCCGUCCUCUGGGCCGGCUGGCCUGCCGCCUCUGCCCCCAGGCUAGGUGCCACCAUCCCCGGCAGGCCUUCCCUGGACCCAGCCAGGACAACCGUGGGACCAAGCGCGCACAGUCGGAGCCGUCCCCUGUGCCUCCCUUCCCCUCCCUGGUCAGGCCCGGGCGUAGAAUGCACAGAAGCCUGUCCCUGCUUCUCCUUUUCUGACCGGGAAAUAAACUCCCCGAAAGGA